AUGGUCGAAAAGAGGAAGCGAAGGAAUAAGCUUCCAAAAUCCACAAAUGGAUUCAUUCUUUAUCGCACAACUUAUCUCGAGGAAUUACAAAAAACUGGAAAGAAAUUGAGCAUGACCCAACUAUCUCAGCAGGCGGGUCCUGCUUGGAAUAAUGAACCUGACAUGGUAAAAAGAAUGUAUCAAAAGCUGGCUGAGGAUGUUAGCGAAUUAUUAAAAAAAGCUCAUAUGGAAUCCAAAGAAUUUGUGAAUAAACCUUGGGAUAUUCAGACAAAUCCAAAUAAACACAAACGAAAACAUCCAUUAAAAAAUAAUGAAAAAUCUAAAGAACUACAAUUCCUUAUAACCACUUUGGAUUCGAACAGGGUUUCCAAUAUUAAAAGUCAACCAGGUUUGUCGAAGACAAACCAACAAACUCUUGGAUCCAAUUUUACUACCAGCUCAACUUCUUCCUCGCCAUUUGUAAACAAUCCUCCGGUAUUCACGAAUUAUUCUUGGGAGAACGAUCAAGCAAGCGUAUCUCUUCAUCGGGGUCUAGUUUACAGUAAUUUUGUGCGAUCGGUCUCCAUUCCUAAUGCUCCUAAUCAAAAUAGAGGAGUACCGAAUUUGACCUCAAAUGGAGAAUUCAACUUUAUGGAAAUUAAACCACAACAGUAUAAGCAGUAUUAA